AUGGCCGCCGCCGGACCCUACAAGCCCGAGGCGCCGCGCCCGUACAAGUGCCCAAUGUGCCCAAAGGCCUUCUUCCGCCUCGAGCACCAGACACGCCACAUCCGCACCCACACUGGCGAGCGCCCACACGCAUGCACCCACCUUGGCUGCGAGAAGCGCUUUUCGCGCUCCGACGAGCUCACCCGCCACAUGCGCAUCCAC